UGUUACAAUUUGUUCAUUACGAUAGUCAAACUAGACCACCACGUUAAGGUAGUAGCAACAUUCGGGUCAGCUAAUGUCAAAUGUUCCGGUCAAUGGGGGAAGUAAGGACCAUGUUUAUUGAUAGCAAAACACAUAAUUGAAACAAGGCACAAAAUUGACACCAAUACAUGUCGAUUAAAAUUUGCCAAUUUUUAAACGCUGUAUUUUACUUUCUCUUUUAUUACUUUUUCUACUUGAACCUUCGUUUAAUUGACUUUUCCAUAUUAAAUGUCCUGACAGGUAUAUGUGUGACCAGAUAUUUCAAUGUAUGGUGUACACCAUACAUUGAGAAAUAUCUGGUAAUCACGUUCGUCUUUUCAACUUGUUAGGAAGGAUCUGGGAAUGUAGCAUAAUGAACAAGGUCCGUUGGAUAGAAAAAAUCAACUGACUACAGAUCAUAGACACUACCUUUGGCCCGCUCUUAUCCCUGCCUUCCAAAAGAUUAUUCACUAACCAGGAUAAACUUAUCCAAACUCGUCCUCAAAUCUCAGGAUCCUUGCAAGAAACUCUAAGUUUUAUUGAGUGAAAUUGGUUUUCAUGUUUUCUAGACUUUGUACUUAUUUUUUCAAACAAAAUGUUAAAAGCUCGUCAUAUUCCAAUCCUAUUUCUUAUGUUUUGCGAACAAUGGUUGUAUGUUGUAGCGUGGUAUUUUUUUGUUGAUGACUACUGUCCGAUCGCGGAUAUUGUUAACUUAUUAGUGAUAAUAGCCCCCAAAUGCCCUGGUACGGCCGAGAGUGGGGAGAGUCCGCUCUCCCUCUCGAAAUGCUCUCACAUGGCCACGCGUAUAUAGCCUCUACCAGGGAAGUCCUACUCACUGCCUUCUCGUGGCGGGGGUGUUGUCUACGAAAAUGAGAGGACGAAAAGCGAAUGUCCGGCGCUAUAACCGGAUCCAAACCAAUGGUGCACAUGAGCUCCAGUAUCCUGAAGGGACAAAUGGCGUAUGAACUAAUCGUUGGUCACCGGCUAUCAUGGGACUGCAUCUCCUCACGAUGCUCCACUGCCUUGUGGGUUAGACGUUCAGGUCGAAGGCUCGGGGUGUGGCCCCAUGGGAAAACAACCUGCUUCGGUUUGGGCACUUGGGUAGUAUUACAGCCCUCACACAUAUUAAAUGAGAUAUGUGUGGCGCAUAUGUAUUUAGUGCCUACUUGUACCAAUAUCUAAGUGUUCAAAUAAAUAAUAGCCCUGGAAACGAUUGGUUUUUUCCGAUUUCCAACGCUCUAGAAUUAUAUCUCUUCCAUGGGCGAUACAUGAUUGUCCCCACACCUCAGCAAAGCUAUGAGUUUAUGGUUAGGACGGUAGUGGCUGCAAUUGUAAGUUCUUAAUUACUUUCAAAUUUCUAUGACUUUGCAAAUGUUCAGUUAAGAUGUGUGUUUUCUAACUUCCAGUAACGAUUUAUAUGAUUGUGCACCAGUUCCGCAGACCGUAAUGGAAAAAGUAAAGUCUAUAUUGUCCAAGACAUUGGGUGAAAAAGCUGCGAUGGAUUUUAUAAAAGCUUGCAUGGAAGUUGAUGAUACUCAAAUGAUAAAAAGACGUGUCUCUACUCUACUAGAUACUCGUAAAAUGGAAAAUCGUCAGGUUUAUGAGAUUCUGAUACGAGAGAGGAUACGAAGAAGUGGAUUUACUGGAGAGGGUUAUCGUAAAUCUAAUUGUAGUUCAGGUGUUUUAAAUAAUAUAUCAACAUCUUCCGACAGGAUUUCAAAUUCAGAAAAGAUUGAUGUAGAGCAGUCAUCAUCACAAACUACUAAAAAUAAAAAAAAACCCAAGUUCUUUCCAUUAUUUUGUGAAGGAGCUCAAAGUGAUCAACUUGUUUCGCUCUUACCUGGUCGGCAUCCUUGUCAGUGUUUGGCAACUAAGCAUCAGUUAGUCAAUAAUUGUUUAAACUGUGGUCGUAUAGUCUGUGCACAAGAAGGUUCAGGUCCAUGUUACUAUUGUGGAAGUCUUGUUUGUACAAUAGACGAGGAAUACCAAUUAUCACUAGGGACUGCUAAACAUGGUCAGAAACUACACAAUAAACUAUCGCAAGCACCGUGGGCACCUGGCACUGAAACUCCAUAUUAUCGACUUAUUCGUCGAGCUCAGAAAUCAAAACAAGAAUCAAGUAGUGAAGUAAUUUCUACCGAACUUAAUUCAAAUAAUGAACUAGAAAGUGAUAGUGAUGACAAUGACCUAAUAAAAAAGUCAGCCCAGGGAGCUCAAAUUCGUUUGGAACAAGGUUUAAUCAAUGCUUUAUGUAAACGUGAUAAACUUUUGGAGUUUGAUACUACUUGUGCUAGACGAACUAGAGUUAUUGAUGAUGAAUUAGAUUAUUUCGCAACAGAGGGUGGCGUUGGAUCAGCUGCAUGGUUAAGUCCUGAAGUUCGUGAGAAGAUAGCUCAACGCGUAAUUGAAUUACGAACCCAAAGGCAUGCACAUCGUCUCCAGUCUGCACGUAUGUGUAUUGACCUAGACAAAUGCGAUGUUAUAAAAGAGGAUACAAGAGAUGAAGCAGCUGGGAAAUUGUACAAUCCAAAUCAAGAAGAAAUGGAUGAACUUUGUAAAUCUUCAACUAUUUCAAAUGUUAAUCGGUCUUCUGGAGAUAGUCAAGAAACUGUUAACUCAAAUAAUGGUGAAAUAACCCUGCCUACUUUUAUACCUCAAUCUAUGAAUAGCAAAUACUAUACAGCAAAUAGUGAUCAAAAUCCUGUCAUUAUGGCGUUAAAUCAAUCAACCUCUCUUUUACGAAUACAAGAUGAUGAGUCAAGACAACUUGUCGAUGAAGGUUAUUGUUUAAGUCUUCAUCAACCUUGGGCUUCAUUAUUAGUACGUGGAAUCAAGUUGGAAGAAGGUAGAACAUGGUAUACUCCGUAUCGUGGAUGUCUGUGGAUAGCAUCGACAGCACAUAAAACUGAUCCACAGGAAAUCACUGAAAUCGAGAAUAAAUAUUUGAAGGCUGGUAUGAAAAAGAUAACUAACCCGUACGUAGAAGUGAAACUUUCUCAACUACAGCACAAUAAACGUUCUAACAGAGAAGCAGAAAAGACAUUAUAUAACUUCAAAAAAGACAGAUGUAAUUACACUACGAUUAUCUGAAUACAUACCCAGUGAGAAGAACUAACUUUUCCAAGUUGAAACCAGUUUUAUUUAUAAAAGGAACAAAUGCACUGUUUGAUACAUACAAGUUUGUUUAUAUUAAUAUCAUGUCACUCAGAUUACUUACUUAAGCCUGUUACCCCUCGUAGAGGUCAGUUACCAGCACUCUCCAUUCAACUCUGUCCUGGGCAAUCCUUUCCAGUUUCCACUCAUUCUAUUCAUGUCUGCUGCCGAUUCUCGGUGCAGUGUGUACUUUGGUUUUCCUCUUCCGACUUUCCCUUCAAGAUUCUAAGAUAGUGCUUGCUUCGUGAUGCAGUUUGAUGAUUUCCUCAAGUGCGUCCUAUCCACUUCCAGUGUUUCUUCCUAAUUUCCUCUCCAUAUGCAAGCUGGCUUGUUAUCUCCCAUGAUAGGCUGUUGCCUAUAGUAUCUAGCCAACGGACAUUGAGUAUCUUGCGUAGAAAAUUGAUUAUAAACACUUGUACCUUUUUGUUGGUGGUUGUAAUAGUUCUCGAAGUUUCAGCUCCGUACAAUAGAAAUGUCUUGACGUUCGUAUUGAGGAUUCUGAAUUUGAUGUUGGCUUGCAGACAAUUGUCUUGA